CAGCAGCCAGUCAGUCACGCCGUACACCAGUCACCAGUUGGAGAGGGUCGGUGAUAGUGUGGUGGUGGUGAUGGUGAUGGUAUUGUGGUGAUGGUGUUUGCUCAUCGGUGGUGCUACGCGAGUGUCGAGGCUCCUCAUGUCAUCCGAGAGGCACCAGGGCUAUUACGGGGCCCCCUACCCUCCGGCCGGGCCUAGACCAGACCACGUCCCACCACAGAGGCGCGACAGGUACUCUGAGGGUCAGCAGCUUCCACGCGCCGACCACAGGAGGCCGCGGGAGCACCACCAGGCCAGGCAAGACUCACGGUGGGGCGGGGAAGCACGUACGCCCCAAGAAGCGCCCCACCGACACCCAUCGAGGUAUGACGGGCACGGCGGGCAGGAUCAGCGACGAAUAGACCCACGUGCCCAUGGAGAUUGGAGGGAACAGACAAGGUAUCCCAGAGACGAAGGGCACUCUCGCUCCUCUAGUCGAUAUCCUCCACAAAAAAGUCAGUGGGAGGCGGAGCAGCGGCAUAGAAGCCAGUGGGAGGCAGAGCAGAGACAUAGAAACGAGUGGGAAGCGGAGCAGCGGCACAGAAAUCAAGGCUGCAGGCGGGGUUACGACACUGCAGGACCUGACCACGUGAGACAGAGCCACAGACAGGGCGCGGGGAGAGCCAUGCAAGACGGGCAGCCGAGGACGUGGGGCGCGACAGACGAGAUGGACGGGCGUCAGCGAGAGGGCAUUGGGGGUCACACUGAGGUUCGCCAAGAGUAUCCAGAGCCCAGAAGGGAACACGGCCUUGGACACGCCAGCUACGCCCCCAACAGUCACCAUGAGGCGUGGGAGGCACAGCAUGGAUACCCUCACCCCGGCACACACCCUCACCAGGAGCACCAUGCAGGAGGUGGCGAUCCCCGAGCCUUCCAGUACGAGGAGGGUCAGUGGGCGGCGUCGGGGUGGGAAGAUGACAUCUACGCCAUGCUGCCCUCACAGAUGGACAUGACCAAAGGAACUAUUCGCUUCCGAGGGAGUUUGCGGAACCGCCGUGGCGCCCCCGUGUCGACCGCCUGGGAGCAGCAGCAGCACCACCAGGAGGUCGAGGACGAGCCCCAGACGGAAGCCGAGGUGCUGGAGGCCCUGGACUGUUUGCGGGACCAGCCGUGGCCGCUAGACCGCCGCCGAGAGACCAAGAAAAAACUCAAGGCAAAGUUGAGCAACGCCGACGUCAAGUGGUAUUCGAGGCGCCCCGUGACGAAGGCGGUGCGGAAGGGCGGCAACUCCCUGGCCAAGCUCUUCCAGGCUAACUACAUCUGGGACCACGUUCUCAAGCGCAUCGAGGGGAAGUUUGGAUCAAGCGUGGUGGCGUUCUUCAAUUUCCUUCGCGCUCUCAUCCAACUGAACUUCCUGCUCGGCCUGGUGUUAGCCGGGGGCGUGGUAGUGCCCGCCGCCCUGCUGGCUGGAGGGCCGGAGCUGCAGUACUGGGGUUGGGUGCCUCAGGGGGAGAGCAGUAACGUAGCCACCUACAAACUCAACGACUUCAACGACGACCACGACCCUUGCUACUACACUCUGGGACAACCCGCCAAGUUUCAGGAUUGCAGCACCAACUACACCAACAACCUGGAGAACAUCGAGGCGGAGCACAAGGGCGACGUGAUCAAGUUGGCGCAAGACUUCCUGCAGGGCACUGGCUUUCUCGAGUGGACGAUCCUCUUUGCCGGCCGCUUCCCCGCCUCGGCCAACCUGGACAGUCACUAUAAGCUGGGCCUCGCAUACAUUCUGUCGGUCAUCACUGUUCUUCUUAUCUCCCUCAUUUUCGUUGUGUACUUCGUGGCUAAAUUCUUUCGCCAGUUGCCUGCCAAAGUGGGAGAUAAAAGCACGAAUUUCCCCAACAUCAUUUUCCCUGCCUGGGAUUACACGGUGCGGGAGGAGAAGGCCGCCAAGACGAUGCAUAUCUCUAUCACGGGUGAGGUGAAGACUGCCUUUGAUGACGAACUCUUCCUCGAGAGAAAGCAGCAACGCACGAGGAACCAACGCAUAACUCUCAUUCUCACCAGAAUAGCCAUCAACGCUGCAGUCGUCGUCCUGGUCUGCGCAGGUUGGACGGGCAUUUACUUCCUGGUGGAUUUGUCGCAGAAAAAUCUUGAUAAAUCGCAGCCCUCACAAAAGUUCCUGUGGGAGUACGCCCCGACCGUCACUGUGUCAGCCUUCAACUUCGUGUACCCGCUGCUCUUCUCGUUAGUGGUGCCGUACGAGCAUUACCGCGGACACACGGAGUUGCUCAUUACUCUGGUUCGCUGCGUUUUCGUCAGGUUAACAUCCCUGGUCGUUCUCAUGUUCACCAAGAUCAUUGUAAUAUCGCAAAAGCCACAAAGCUGUGACCUGGAGAAUCCUUACAUCUGCUGGGAGACGUACCUCGGCCAGCAGAUCUACUCCAACCUUCUGCUGGACAUGCUCCUACACCUCGGCAUGACCUUAGUGGUGGACGUGGCCCGCAAGUCAUUGUUCCGCUUCGACAAUGCCUUGUGCAAAACGUUGGGCCGCAUCGAGUUCUUCGUGCCGACCCACGUGCUGGAUAUCGUCUACCUCCAGUCCAUGUGUUGGAUGAGCGUCAUCUUCGCCCCCAUCCUCACCAUGGUCAGUUCGCUUUGGUUCUGCCUGCUCUUCGGCCUCAAGCUCUUCACCGUGACGUACACGUGUGUCCCGGCGACGAGGGUGUUCCGCGCCUCCCGCUCCUCCGCCAUGUUCAUGACCAUCCUCUGCCUCGCCUUCCUCCUGUGCCUCGUUCCCAAUGGCAUGGCGCUGCUCUACCUCCGCCCCUCCUCCGCCUGCUCGCCCUUCCGAGGCCUCGACUACAGCUGGCAGAUGUUCACCUACUACGUCUGCCAAAUGACCAACGCCAGCACCAACUGGAUAAGGUGGGUGUUGUUCACAGUGGACGAGGCGGUGGUGGUGGGCCUGCUGUUCCUGGGCCUCCUGCUGCUGCUGGCCUACUACUCCUCCCUCGUGGGUGCCCGCAAUGGCCUCAUCAGGAGGCUGGAGGCGAAGCUCAAGCACACAGCCAAGGACAAGGUCUUCCUCAUGUCAAAGCACAUGCCCACACAGGCAGUUUCUGCAGGAAGCUGAGUUCACGUGGGUCCACAAGAUGAAGAGUAUUUGAUUCAUGGAGCGCCACACAAUCAGUUCCAGUGACCUAUUUUGUGCCUCAUUAUUUUUUUAAGUCCUUUGUUUAUAAAUACAUAUUAGGUACUAUGAUUUUAAUUAUUAUUAUUAUUAUUAUUGUUACCAUCAUAUUUUUAUCAAGUCCUCCAUCUCACCUGUGCGUGAGUGGCUGCAUGAAGACAAUAAUGUAUCAUCGCCGAGGCUCUGAAUACUCCCGCAGCCAUGUGCUCCUCCCACACCACCACAGUGAAUUUGAUAGGUCACAUUCCUAAUUGCAUAACAGCUGGUACAUCAGAGUGCAUGUUUAUCAAUACUGACUCAAUGAUCAUGCACUCCCACCUCUCACAUGCACAGCCAAAGAGAUGGUGUUGAGUUUCAUGUGUGUGUGUGUGUGUGUACAUUCAUAAAAUGCACUAGAAGCCAUGGCAGAAUUUUCUUUGGCUGGCCAAGCAACAUGAACAAAGUGCUAGGUAAGUAUAUAUAUUAUGAGUAACCCAUAAAUAUGGGGGACCACCUAGACCUAGUGACUACCUAGUGUGAGUAUUAUGUUUUAUAAAUAAUAUGACUUGCAUGUACCUUAAAAAAGCUAUUUUUAAUGCAUCACUACCUUUGAUAUACACUAACUGGUUAAAGGUCAUUCAAGUUCAACUUUUUUUUUUGUUUGUCAUUCAGUCUGUAUUGGUUGCAUGUGGCUGUACAGCAUCAGGUCACUGUAAAAAUUUCAUAAAUGCUGAGUAUGGAUCAACAGAUGCGUACAAUUUUGCAUUAAAAUCAGUAAACCUCAAUAUAACAUUUAGUUUACUGUAAAUAUCAUGUGGGAAUGUAUGCAGAGGCUGCACAGAUUAUCAUGUAAUUGCAUCAGUUUAAAGGGAAAGAAUUCCAAUCAUAGGAAAACAGGUCUUUGCAGAUUUUUUAUGAAGAACUCGGUCAUUAAAAAAAAUUCACGCAACCAUCAAAAAACUAUAUACUAAUGCUUUACAGCAAACAUUAGGUUAUAGGUUAUUCCAUGGAGGUAAUGCAGGAAUGGCAGGGCAUUGCCUGGGUGCUGCAACACGAGAUGCUUGCGUAGUCUUUGGCAAAGAAUUGCACAUCAUGGCUUCAGGAGCCUUUUUCUUCCCUGAGUCUGGCCUUACAUUACUUCUUCUCAAAAUCUCCCAAAAUUCGAAGAGGACACUUUUGAGGCAAGAAUACUAAACACACAUCCGCAAGAGGGCACCUCUACAGGAUUCCAGAGAACUUUGUUUCCAACAGCAGCACCAAGAAUGGAGUGUGAGAACAUGUAAAAUAUUACUACUUCAAUGGUAAACAGGCUCAAGAACUUAAACUAACAUUUGCACUUGUGGUGACUCCACUAGGAAUCCACUCAGUAGCCUUCAAUCAAUCACGUCAGUCUUGCACAGAUUCUCAAAUAUUCCACCACCUGAUCUAAAAAUUAUAAUGGAUAUCAGAAAACAAAGCAAGUAUAUAAAUAAUUCUUUACUGUUGAUAUAACCACAUAUACAAAAAUUAAACACUACACUACCACUUCCUUUGUUAAGGUAAACCUGUGAUCCUUUGGUUUCUGCAAUUUUGUCAUAACACUAAAGGCAUUUUAUAAACUGCAAAAUUGGGUUUCUUUGCUGAACAUGAUUGCACUGGCUAUAAAUACUGGCAUGACCAAGUUUUUGUGUCAGCUUUGUACCUGAACACUGCCUACCUGCUGUGCUCUGCCUUACAAUUGGUAUUUACUCUAAUACAUGUUUUCUAAUUAUUAUUCUACAUCAUGGAUUGUAAAUUUUGUAACAAAUCUUUUCCAUUAGUAGCAUCAAACUUCUAAGUAACCUUUGAUAGUUAACUUUGAGCACAUGAACAUUUAUAUUGAUUCCAGAAAAGAUGAGAGCAAAACAUGUAAGAAAUAUUGUGCCAUACACAAGAAAGAAAUGUGUUGUACUAAUUAAUACUUAAAACCUAUAUUACUAGCAGUGAUAGCAAUCUGGUCAUAAAUAAUGUAUAUUUUCAGUUUUACAGUAACUGCAACACUACAUACUUGAAGUACUCCCAUGAUGCAGCCUCAGACACAGUCUCACUGUCCAUGACACACACAACUCUGCACGCCACCUCGCAUCACCCACACACUAGGCCGGGUCUCUAUCAAAGGGUCACUACCUCAGCCACGUCCAUGCAAACCUUACCCCACAAACCUCACACAAUGGCAUGGAAAUACAGGAGGAACUCACACACAUGAAUACAGUUUGCUAAGAAAUUAAUUCAAGUAUUGUCAUUAAUUACACAAUUGAGGUCCUUAAAAAUUAUAUCUAAACCCUAUGAAAAAUCAAAGCACACAAAAAAGUCAAUAUCACUUUUUAACUUUAGAAAUAGAAAUCACUUCAUAAGAGAAGAAAAUAAUCAUCAGGUUAGUGUGAUCAAUGGUCAAGUGAAUCCUCAAUGAGCAGAGGACAGAAUGGCCCUGCCCCCGCCCCCUCCCCUGCUGAACUUUUCUUUCAUGCCAGAAGCAGCGAGCAACAAAUCAGUAUGGGCACAUUGUGAAUAUCUGCUGGAACCAACUUCCCUCAAUAACAAAAUAGUGUCUAGACAGACAGACAUGACUAAUUUUCAUUGAUUUUUACUUAGAAUCCAAUGUUAAGACACAAUUCAUUUGUGUGUGUGUGUGUGUGUGUGUGUGUGUGUGUAAAUCCUUUUUAGUCUAGUCAAUCUCAUGGAUUCACCUUUUUUUUUUGGCUUGUGUAUUAUAUUUGAACGCUAUUAUCACCACACCAAAUGUCCUACACUAUAUGCUUCAGGAAACUAUGGUAAUGAGAUGGUAGGGAAAUGUAUGACAGCAAAUAAGUGGAACUGUGAUAGAAAAGGAAAACUCAGUAAUAUUACUUCAGUGCCAAAACAUGGCAAAGUAUGGUAAAUGAAGGUUUGAUAUGAUGUAGAGGAUGACUUAAAGAAUCAACUAUACAAUGAAGUAGCCAUCACACUCGUAAUCCUGCAAUCUGACCAUCGGCUUUCUCUGUGGAUUACACGCACAAAAGGUUUUCGUGUGUCAUGUGAAUGGACCGUAUUGGCUAUACAGGCAGCGCCACAUGUGGCCACUCAACUCUAAGCUGAAUUUUCCGUAGAGUUCAAGUUAUAGACUAGCAUAGCUGGGCGUUAUCACGAUAAGUUAUCGCAAUGCUCUAUCGCUGAUAACAAAAUCGGGUUAUCGGCCAUCCGCUACUUAUUUAAAUAUAUAUCGGUAUCUUCGUUACUUUUGUAACCAAACUAGCGAUAAUCACUACUUUUUCCACCUCUCAGAAAAAAAGUCUCCUCCCAUGCGCAUGCGUGGCCCGGGCGCCCGGUGUUGUAUGAAAAAACUUCGGGGUAUGAAAUAUCUUCGGUGAAGAGAUUUCAUACUUAGAUCAACAUUAAAACAAUUGGUUAUUUUUUUAUGUUACUCAAAAAUCAAUGUAUCAAAGAGAAAAAUCAUUUAACUUUGCCCAAAAAAUUAUUAUUCACUGCCUCAAAUUUUAUAUUCCAUAUUCGUUUGUGUGAGCAUGCCAUGGUAUUGAAGGCAACUGGUGUUGUGUUAUUUGGUGUCCCAUCGUCAAAAGCUGGCGAUUUUGUUAAUAAACAUUGGUCUCUCGUGAACUACACAUGUUCAGACCAGUAAGCUUAGCCCUGUACAGUCUCACAAUGCUUUUUAACGCAUUAAGAGUUGCUGGAAGGCUGAAUCAGACAUACAGUACCACCAUCCUCACUGUUUCUAUAACGACACUGUACGAGUUGUAUUUAUAUGUACAGUGUCGUUCUAGAAACGACGUUUCUAGAGCGACACUCUGUACAUAUAAAUACAACUCGUACAGUGUUGUUAGAGAAACAGCGAGGAUGGUGGUACUGUAUGUCUGAUUCAGCCUUCCAGCAACUCUCAAUUAUGGUUAAAAAGCUUUGUGAGACUGUACAGGUCUAAUCUUGCUGGUCUAAGCAUGCGCAGUUCAUGAGAGACCAGUGUUUGUAAACAAAAGCGCCAGCUUUUGACGGUGGGGACGCCAAAUAACACAACACCGGUUCAGGCGUUUGUAGUAUUACCAUCCAUAGGUACGUGUCAAUGUGUGGUUUUCAGGUUUUGCAAGUUGUCUAAAAUACAGAUAAUGAAAAUUUGAAUUCAUCAAUGUAUUUAUAUUUGAAAUAUCAAUAUAGUAUCGUUUUCGCCUAUCGAACUUAUCGCUAGCUAGUAUCGGAAUUGUGAAUUUGUAUCAGGUAUCGGUUAUUGGUUAUCGCCUAUAUUUGUGUCUCCAGUUAACGAAUAUCGGUUAUCACCAAUAAGGUUUUCCAAUAUCAGUUAUCGGUUAUCGGGAAUAAGGUUUUGUGUUAUCGUGCCCAGCUAUGUAGACUAGAGUACGUCUGAGGCUGUCUCCGGGAUACACGGCCGUGAUGCCGCCGUCACCCCAAGCCGAUGAUUGCACACACUUCACUCCUACCCGAUUUCAGUUUUUCUCCAAGUCAAAUCAUAGUCAGGAAAUCGGGAAGGAGUAAAGUGUGUGCAGUCAUUGGCUUGGAGCAGUGGCGGCACCAAGGCCUUGUAUCCUGGAGGCAGCCUCAGACGCACUCUAGUACAUAAUUUGAGUUCUAUGGAAAGUAUUUCUUUGACAGUUCACUGAGUGGCUACGUGUGGCGCUGCCUGUAUAGCCAAUACAGUCCAUUAAUGGUGUCUUUACUUGUUAUUAAUCAAAUGCUCUUUUACAAAACUAAGUUAAGCUUGUAUGUUCCACAGUGUGUGUGUGUGUGUGUGUGUGUGUGUGUGUGUGUGUGUGUGUGUGAGUGUGAGUGUGAGUGUGAGUGUGUGUGUGUGUGUGUGUGUGUGUGAGUGUGUGUGUGUGUGUGUGUGUGUGUGUGUGUGUGUGUGUGUGUGUGUGUGUGUGUGUGUGUGUGUGUCUAUCAUGCUGUGCCCCAUAUUACUGAAUGAUCUUUCCUUUAAAUAUAACUAUAUUCUUGCUUCUCUAGCUUGUGGCCCCCAGCCUGCUUAACUCAGGAACUGGGGUGAUGAUUGUGAUGAUGUGCUGAUGAGUACAAUGACAAUGAUGAUGAUUACUUCACAGAGAAGAGGAGAUAGCAUAAAUCAGAUGUGCUUCUAACAAAAUCAAGUUACUUACAGGAAACUAAGGUAUAUAUAUGACAAAUCAACAGACGGGAAAGCAUUUGUCGUUGCUCUUUACACAGAGCUAACCUUGCCAAUUCCACCAAAUCUGGAAAUUAUAUUCCUAGGUUUUCAUUCAGUGUGUCUGACAAAAUUUUCCUUAUUUUUCCUCAGUCAAGGGAAUGAACUCAGAUCUAGUCUCUUCAAACAAACACACACACAUGACAGUAUGAAUGGAGAGAGGCUCUACUGGACACCUGCCACACUGACUGGCUAUGUUCAAAGGUGCUACUUAUCAUCUGAACACUGAAAGUAUUGUUAUCUGCAUUGCUAACACCCAUGAUGGGAAGAUGCCAAUCUAUGCCUUAAUAAAAAAAUAUUAAAAGAU